AUGACAGAAACUAGAGGUUUGUAUCCGACACUUGUCGCUAACUGCAUCGUUAACGCUUUUUUGUCUUACACCGCCUCACUGGCGAGGCCUUUAAAAACACUGCUCCUUAGUCUGACGGUUUCGGAUCUUGGGGUUGCCCUACUUGUUCAACCACUCUACAUUGCACUGCUCGUGGCGUUCAUAACUGAACCAAACACUAGCAAUAGUACUCAUAUUACAUCCCUACUUUUCGUGUUCGUGGCCAUCGCUAAUUUAUUAGGUUGCGCUUCGUUCUUUGGUGUUGCUGCUCUAGCCGUUGACAGAUUCUUAGCUAUUCAUCUUCAUCUCAGAUACCAGGAACUUGUUACGCACAAGCGUGUUGUUGUUGCCGUGAUCUUAAUAUGGGUGUUCAGUGCAGCUACUUUCUUCCUGUUUUCGAUUUCGAUAAACGUUCGUUUGAUUUUUUCCACAACUACUGGAGCUUUAAGUUUUGCAACUGCAGGAUUGCUUUAUUGCAAGAUAUAUACAGCCGUACGACACCACACAAAUCAGAUUAACGCGCUGCAAGUACAACAAGUAGCACAGAAUGGAGAAAUGGCAAUUGCAGCGAGACAGAGAAAAACGGCAGUUGCUACAUUCUUCGUGUAUGUCGUGUUUUUAGCGUGUUAUUUGCCACUGUCCAGUAUUUUUAUUACCUCUAUGUUUAAUCACUAUGAAUCUAUGUCAUAGUGGCAUUUGUUAUGUUACUCUUUGACACUGGCGUUUCUCAGUUCAUCCCUGAAUCCUCUGAUCUACUGCUGGAAAAUGAGACAUGUUCGCUGCGCUGUUAUGGACAUACUUCGAAAUACCAUUUCACGAUGCCUUCACUAACGGGGAAAUGAGAACGCCAAACAGCUGUCUACGUAAACCGAGGGAAAUGUAUUUACAUUCAGCGGAGCUAAACGUAGUGGCAGUGACAGAGAAUGUAAAUACUUUCCUAUUGGUAUUAACGCACGUGAGCCGCUAUGGCGUUAAUUGACUCUAUUGUUGUAAGGUAUAUAAGGUUUUGACAGUUGUAAUGUAUUCAUCUCAGCUCUCGAACUAUCAAAUUUUAUUUUUAUAUUUUACUUUAUUCAUCUAUCGAUUGAUUUUUUACCUUUAACCCCCAGAGGUUGUGCGACCGCAUCGGUUGGGGAAUACGUUCCCAAUUUUUUCCCAUUGGGUUUUUUGGGUUUUCGUAUCAGGCGGCGCAAGUGAAUAGUUUAGCCUGAGUGGCUUUAUUUAGGAAUAUUUGUAUACCAUUCUUUAGUUAUGAUGUUGAACUUUGUAUGUUAUUUGGACGGCAUUAAACACUCAGGCUCCACAGUUCGAGCUGCACACCCAUUCCCGUCUCUUAGUCGUGAAUAUAAAUAGGAACGGCUGCAGAGUGGCCCAGAAAUCAUCCCGAGUCAUCCUGGAAAAAUAUUUUGACACGCCGACUGGUCGAGCGUGGCAUCUCUUAUUUCUUUACUGAGUAUUAUCCAGUCCAGUUUCACCUUUGAAGGUGUCCAUGUAUGUAGUUCUUGGUCUACCUCGAUUUGUAUGACAACGUUGGGGUUCCAAAAGGCAGCACUUUUGAAGUAGUAUCUUCAUUGUAACGAGUGCAAUGGCCAGACGGCCAGAACAUCACGUUAGGAUUUCAAAAUUUUUCCCUCUGAAAGUAUGAUCUCGUAUGAUGUUGGCGCCCUAUUUACCAGUGUCCCUAUGGAUAAAGCGGUUCAACAUAUAAAGAAUCGCCUUGAGAACGACGAGAAACUGCAAAAUCGUACCCUUGCUCGAGUUCUGCCUCACGACCAUCUAUUUUAUGUACAAGAGAAAUUACUACUGACAAAGAGAAGGCGCGGCCAGUAGGUCUCCAGUAUCUGCAGUGGUUGCCAACCUUUACAUGGAAGGCUUUGAGCAAGAGUGUCUUUCUUCCUACCCUGGUUCCACUCCCAGGGUUUGGCGCCAAAAUGUGAAUGAUACGUUUGUUAUCAUUCACACAGCUGAGAUUGAACGUUUCGCUAGUCACAUUAAUCAAGUGGAUCUAUGCAUCGAGCUCACUUAAGAAACUGAAAAAGAGAAUAAGUUACCCUUUCAAAUGCCGCAAGGCUGAAAAAUCUUCACUGGCUACAUUCUACAUUUAUUUGGUUUACUUAGCUUGCUAUUUGCCAAUAGCUUGUGUUGUUCUUGCCAAGGUCAAUGGUAAAACUGUCUUGAAUUUCACAUCGGUGACUCUUGUGUAUCUUAAUUCAUCCCUCAAUCCCUUGAUCUACUGCUGGAAGAUGAGACACAUUCGACAAACUGUUAUGAAUAUACUUCGAACUAUUUUUGCGAUUGGUCCGCAUUAAAGAAAGGAUCUAACUCAGAAUAACUUGGCCUUUUUUCCCUCUGGUGAAAAUAAAAGCUUUUCAGCAAUACAGCUGGGAAAAUGACACUAAAUAUAAAAGGGACCUGAAACCCCUUGUGCUUUCUAUUUGAAAGGCAAAGGGAUAAAUAUAUGAUCGAGUAUAAGUUCAUGAGAUUUUAGUUUGCUUUGGAAUAAUUAACAGAUGACGGGAACUGUGAAAUACCCAAUAUCAAAGUCAGAAAGAGGGUAAGUGGUCUAGGACGAAUGACGAGUGACUUGAUAAAUAGAGGGCCGAGUUUUCCAAAUUUGGGAUGGUCAGAAAGAUCUGUGUACAGGAAAGGGUCUUAAAAAGUUUACUAGAUUUUGUUAACCAUGGUGCAUAACGGAUUGGUUGAGGGCCAUACAUAUGUCAGAGCGAUCAGAAUUUUAUCAAUAAGUCUUACAAACUGAAUGCAUCAAGAGUGGCGAAAAGAUUUACUGAUAUAACAACAGCAACAACAACACAAUAAUAAUGAUAAUAAUAAUAACAAUAACAAUGAUAAGAAGAACAACACAGCCUAUUUGUUGAGAAAGACGAAAACUAGUAGUUUAUACUAUUGAGAAUAUAUAUUACAAUACUUGUAAUUAAUUCAUAUCAAUAAAGUUCAUGUGAAAAAGAACAAAUGUUUUGAAGAAUGGAAAAAAUAUACCAUUUAAUCAGGUUUUUUUAAAUUUGUAGAGUCCAGAAAUUAAACUGUCUAAUAAGAUCACUCCAUUUGAAAGUUUCAGACUGGGAGAGAAAGAGCUCUCCUGAUCGUGAAAGCGCAACCGAUUGGAACACAUGAUCGAUAGCUCGCUAACUGGCAUCAUAAUACUUUAAAAUACCAUAAUACAGAACCAGAAACCAGGCGUCAAUAAUAUAGCUCCAAUAUGAAGCAAAGAGCUUCUUGCAACGAGAUUAGAAACUUAGAACCAUAAUUUUUGACGAUACAAUGAAGUAUUUAGGCCCAGGGUUCAACCUAUUUUAAGUACUGGUACAGGUUCCUCAUCAGUCCCAUUUGAGCGUCUUGCAAGCAGCUCCCGGAACGUGCAUAAGAAUGAUUUACAAUAAUGUUGAAACUUUUUACAAGACCGUGUUCAAUGCUUCCAAAGACAUAAAAAAGAUGAUCGCUUAAUGUAAAACGGUGACGAUGUCGCUUAUGUGCUCCGGCAGAGUAAAAAAGCGAUAGUUACUCCGUUUAUGAGACUCAUCCUUUUUAUAUAGAGAAAGGUGUAAAAAUGACGUAAAUAUCAGCUCUUGAAAUGGGUAUCGUCUAAAUAUUAUGAAGGUAACAUCUCCAAACUGGCAGGAGAAUUACCUUAUUUACCCAGGCUGAAAGAGGGGUUGGUUAAGAGCGAGUCCAAAAAAGUAAUUAUAGUAACCAACGAUGUACAAAAGAACAACAGCAUUAACAACGUUUAAUGCUCUUAACCCAUAACCCCUUAGAUAAAAGCAAGUAACUAGACCAGAAUUAUUGUGGGGAAAAGGGGUAAGGGAUGAAGUACUCCAAAUAUGGACAGCAGGUCACUUUUUCUCUACAUAUUGGUGUAACAGUCCGAAAUCUACAAGGGGAGAGGUGAUAAUCCUCUGUAGGGGUGAUAAUCCCCCAGGAUUGUUAGAGAGGAUAAUCCUCUGUAGGGGAUGAUAAUCCCCCAGGUUAGAGAGAGGUGAUAAUUCUCUCUAGGGGUUGAUAAUCCCCCAAGGUUGUGAGUAGAGGUGAUAAUCCCCCUUGGGUACUGGAGAGGUGGAAGGACCUCUCUAGAUGUCUAAUUCCCCGGUUUAAGGAGUAAGAAGAGUCUAUGGGGCAAAGUGUUACCUGUAUGCGAGCACUUCAUUCCGAACCCAUGUUUAUUAAUUGCCAACAACUCUCUCGAUACAGAUAUCAUCACUAAUUUAAGUUAGAAUUGCGUGCCUGCUGCCCGUCAGGAAAAAACCCUCAAUUAUUUUCGAGGGAAACCUGAACCCUCCCGAAAGCUUAAUAAUCAAAAUAAGGUCCAAAGUAACUAGGUGCACAAGCAUGUUGGCAUGUCUGGUAGAAUGAUUCCCCUCAGUAGAAACCUCACCUCUUUUCUGACAUAUCUCCUUGAUAAUUGCCAAUUUAUUCAAAGUGUAAACAACAAAGAUCAGUAGUUCUUAUGACUGCAAAACCUAUAAGGAGCGUCUUAAAUUUUAAGCAAGAGAAAAGACCUCAUAUAUAAAACCUUAAGAAAACCAGCAGAGAGAAUCAAGCAGUGAUAAGGGAGGGUGGGAUGGGAUUUUGUUCCACGAAGAGAAGAAUAUGAAGUGCUAUUUUGCUGAGCUAGGCGCGAAAAUAUAGGCAUCAACUGUUCAUGUGAUAGCUGUCAUCUAAUUGGCUGAGCGAAACAAUUAGUGUGACUUGCAGGAAGUAACCCCUGAAAGGAAGUGAGCUGGUUCCAUUACUUGUAAAGGCAGGUUUAUGGCUAUCUUUAAUUUUUUUCUGUUGUAUAAAUUAGCUUCAAAUAAAUAAAAAUACGAAACUGUAAUCUUUCCACGAUUCUUAAAUUAAAAUGUGUUUUCUCCGACACAUUGUUUUCCCUGUUCGGUGGUUACGAGCGCACUUUCAUAAUCGUGAAAGUUCCGCCACAAUUUCUGUUUCAAGGGAGGGAGAGAGAAGCAGUAUGCUCUUGUCAUUUAGCAACUUUUAACCGCAAAGAAAAACACAAUACACACACACUUAAGUUUAUUUUUUUUGGUCCACAAUGUAAACUUCUGGGUCCACCUGAGUAAAUGUGACUUUGACACACAUGACAGCAUGAUUUGUUAACUAACUACCUAUUAACAUCCUAGCUGGUAAGUUUUUUUAUGGAUAAUAAGUUUCUUCUCUCAACUUCUCAGACUCGUCGUAAAUCGUUGUUUAUCAAAAGAUGUGUCUAUUUUUUGCUUGGGUCCAGCAAAUACGUUGGAUUGGUCUCCGACCUGAUAGUUGGCUUUUCCUCUAAACCAUUGUUAAACUCUUUCUUAGCGAUUCAUUGCAACCAGCUGUCGUUUCUACUUUAAUGUUGCGUCAGUUGUUUCAAUAUCUUCCUUUUUGACUGACGAUUUCCAACACUUACAAAGCUCGACCUGUCGUGUUUCGCUUAAAAUGAAAAUAUAUUCAAUACUUGUGUGAUGAGGACGUCAUAUUCAAAUUCUAAAUUCCGGGCUCUGUUAAGACACAUUUUUAUUUUCAAACAAAUGAAUAUGUCGGAUGCUUUGAGCACAACUUGGGGACUUGUUGAUAUUGUUGUCGCUGAAGACUCAACAGUGCUCACUUUGACACUUUAAUCCAACUUGAUUGCCAUCGGAGGAAGAAUAGUGGAACACUUAGAACUCUUAGGACUGUUCACCAGGGGGUCAGUCUCGAGAAUUUCAGUCUCAACCAAAAACUGAGAAAACACUCACAUAACCCUUCAAAAGUUCUCUACAAAAACAAAAACUCACUGCACUUAACGUUCUUUACAAUGACGGAGGCUGAAGGUUUGUAUCCGACACUUGUCGCUAACUCCGUCUUCAAUGCUUUCUUGUCUUACACCGCCACCGUGUUGAACAUUAUAACAAUACAAGCACUCAGAAAAGCUUCGUCGCUGGCAAGGCCUUUAAAAACACUGCUCCUUAGUCUGGCUGCUUCGGAUCUUGGUGUUGGCUUUCUUGUUCAACCACUUUAUAUUGCAGUACUUGUGACGCUCAUAACUGAACCAAACACUGGCAAUGGGUCUCAUGUUAUAUCCUCCUUAAUAAUAGCGUUCGUCGCCAUCUCGAAUUUAUUAGGUUCCGUUUCGUUCUUCGGUGUUUUCGCUUUAACCGUCGACAGAUUCUUGGCUAUUCAUCUUCAUCUCAGAUACCAGGCACUUGUCACUCACAAGCGUGUUGUUGCUGUGGUGAUAUUGAUAUGGGUGUUUAGUGCAGCUUAUUUCUUCCUGUUUUUCAUUUCGAUAAACGUUCGUGUCAUUUUUUCCGCAACUACUGGAGCUUUAAGUUUUGCAACUACAGGAUUGCUUUAUUGUAAGAUAUAUGCAGCCGUAAGACAACACAGAAAUCAAAUAAACGCCCUGCAAGUACAGCAAGUAGUGCAAAAUGGAGAUAUGGCAAACGCAGCACGGCAGAGAAAAACUGCAGUUGCUACAUUCUACGUUUAUAUUGUGUUUUUAGUUUGCUAUUUGCCAUUUUGGUUUGCUUUCCCUGGUAUAAUUCUAUACUAUGAAUCUGUCUUAUGGAAGCACUUAUUGUGUUACUCUUUGACACUGGCGUUUCUCAAUUCAUCCCUGAAUCCUCUUAUCUACUGCUGGAAAAUGAGACGCGUUCGCCGCGCUGUUAUGGACAUACUUCGAAAUAGUCUUUCACGACGUCUUCACUAAUGGGAAGCGGAUGCAUAAAGCACUUACACACUUAAGCUGGGAAUCACCCCGCGUCAUCCCGACAAAAUCUUUCCACACGGCCUGAUCGAGCAUGGCAUCUCUUGUUUCUUUAGUAUUAUCCAGUCCAGUGUCAGCCUUGGUGGUGUCAAUGUAUGUAGUUCUUGGUCUACCUCCAUUUUGGUAGCCUGCGAACACAGACGUAUUUCCGGUUGUCGCUUUUCUCUACCCGUUUUGAUGAUGUGCGCAACGAAUGAUUUAUGGACUUUGUAUUGUUCUUUAACCUCAAAUAUAGGUAUGGAAAUCCAAUUCAAAGACACUUACCGCAGCGAGAGGCUUUAUCGUUGUCUCCCUUGUGUGAAAAUAAUAAUAAUAUAAUAAUAAUAGUAAUAAUAAUACUAUUAUCAUCAUGAUUAUUAAACAUAUAUUGCGCAUGUACCAUACAAAUAUAUUCAUAAGCGCAUUGAAAACAAAUAAGAUGUGUUAGUUAGAACAAGAUAAGAAUAACAUAAAAGAGCACUUUGUGAGAGCUCUUUUAGAAAAUGUAAGAAUCUGAAUGUUUCUGAUCUCCACCCUAAAAUUGUUCCAAAGCUUGGGAGCUGCUGACUGAAACACUCGGUCACCACCCGUUGCUAAGUAGGCACCGUUACUUGGCUGAUACUAUUCUGACCUUCUCGGGAGACCCGGAUCAGGUAACUUAGCAAAGGGAAGAGCGUCUGCCUGUCAAAAGACGUCAACAGUUCUUUAAAGGAACAGUCUAUACAACGACAGAACCUAAAGACGCCUUUUCAGCAUCCUACAGAAUGGUAGGAACUGGAGACUUUUAUUCAACGCUCGUCGCCAACUGCUUCUUCAACGCUUUCUUGCUUUUCACAGCCUUGGUUUUAAACAUCAUAACAAUACAAACCCUAAGAAAAAUAUCAUCGUUUCCAAAACCUUUAAAAACAUUACUCCUAAGUCUCGCUGUUUCUGAUCUUGGUGUUGGUUUGCUUGUCCAUCCUCUCUAUAUUUUGCUUCUCGUAAUGAACAUAGAACAGAACACUAACAAUUGA